CCAGACCGCGCGUGCGCCGUUUGCGGCCGAUGCUGUGCCUGCGCGGCCAUGGAACCCGGUGAGCUGCAGAACGAGCUAGUGUCAGCCGAGGGCCGGAACCGGAAGGCGGUGCUGUGCCAGCGUUGCGGCUCCCGUGUGCUGCAGCCAGGGACUGCUCUUUUCUCGCGCCGACAGCUUUUCCUCCCCUCCAUGAGAAAGAAGCCAGCCCUGGCCGAUGGCAGCGAUCCUGACGGUGACCUCCUCCAGGAACACUGGCUCGUUAACGACAUGUUCGUCUUUGAGAACGUGGGCUUCACCAAGAACGUGGGCAACAUCAAGUUUCUGGUCUGUGCAGACUGUGAGAUUGGACCCAUUGGCUGGCAUUGCCUAGAUGACAAGAACAGCUUCUAUGUGGCCUUGGAACGAGUUUCCCACGAGUAACUGAGGGGACGGGGACUUGGCUCCACCCCAGCUCUAAAGCUGCCUCCCACAAGAACUGACCCUGGACGUGGGGUGUCAGCUGUGCUGGCAAUCUUCUUGGUACUGAUAUGAGUGGUGAGCACCGACGUCUGCCCUUGGCCUUGCAGAGGGCCGGUCCUGCUUCCUCCAGGCUCAGUGCAUGCCUCCCACUUGGUCCUCUCUGCAUCACAGCCAGUCCUAACCCCUCCCCCCUGUGUUGGGACCUGGAAGAACAUGCCAGUACUCUACAAGUACAGUGUGGUCCCUCACGCCGCACCUCCGCACCUUCACCCAGGGCUCCUCUUCCUGCUCAAGAAGAGCAGCGGUCAUCUUUUCAGCCAUGACAGGAAAACAGAUGCUCACUUGUUAGUAGUUGAAACUCCACGAUUCCUCUUUCAAGAAGUCGGGUGUAAUAGGGUGCACAGCUGUAAUCCCAGCUCUGGGGAGGUGGAGGCACAAAGCUGUGGAGUUCAAGGCCAACCUCAGCUACAUAGUGAAUUCUAAGCCAGCCUGGGCUAUUUCAUCUCAAAAAACAUAAAGCAUACAAGUAAUUGAGAGUAACUUCGUUGUAUGUGACCUACUUGUCUACAGUAAUUUAUUCUUUUUAAAAAGUAAAACAUUUACAAGUGUCAGUAUUUAAACCAAUAAUAAGAAAUGAAAUACUGGAGACACG